AUGGGAGGCUUAGAUAGAACGAGGAUCACAGGUUCUCAAAGCCAACAAGCGGGACAUGGAGCCCAUGAAAGUGCCGGACAUAGUUGUCAGCUGUGCCAUAAGAUUGAUAAUAACCGGAUGGUUGCUUGCGACCACUGUUCCUUAUGGCAUCAUUACACUUGUGCUGGUGUAACCUCGCAGAUCGAAGCUGAAGACGUACCUUGGAGCUGUAAGAAGUGCACUAAGAAAUCGCAGAAGAAGACAUCAAAACAGCAGUUUACUGGUGACAAAGGCUCAACCGAACAAGCACCUAAAAGUAAGGCUGACGAUGAUCACUCCGAAGUGCGAUCAAUGGCAGGAACCAACAUCUCCAAAACGUCGCAUUUAUCCAAGAAAUCUGCCAAAACUUCUCUGGAAAUCAAGUUGCAGAAAGUCGAAGCGGAGAAACAACUGCUUGAAGAGAAACGGAAACUGCUUGAUAAACAAUUUAGUUUAAUGGAAGAAAUGGCUGUGUUGGAUAAUCAGGAACCUGAAAAUUCCACUGCUAACUCCAGAUCCAAGGUUGAAGAUUGGCUCGAACAGUCAAAUGCGCAACAAGCUCGAAGUAGGCGUACUAAAUCAGUCGAUUCUAGCGAAAGUGAGUCCGAAUCUGACUUGGAUAGCGCUGAUGAAGAACAGUUUUUACCCGAUACCAAAUCCACCCCGAAACCUCCCGCUGCUGAAAAAUUGUGCAGCUCCAGACAAAAAGCUAUAACUAGUAAUCAGAACGACUGCAGUCUAAAGCGCAGCCACCUGGCAGCACGACAAGUUGUAGCGAAGGACUUGCCAUCCUUUUCAGGAGACCCAGAGGAAUGGCCUAUGUUUGUCUCUACCUUGGAAAGCACCACCAAAAUGUGCAGGUACACUGACGAAGAAAACCUUAGUCGUUUGAGAAACUGUCUACGCGGUGAGGCCCUAGCGGCAGUUCGUUGUUUCUUGAUCAACCCGUCAACAGUACCGAGGGCGAUCGAAGUUCUUCGUCUUAGAUUUGGACAGCCACAGUUUGUUAUAAGUUCCCUGAAAGAGAAACUUCUUGCCUUCCCGGUUUUCAAAGAAGAAUCGCUGAAUAAAUUUAUUGAGUUUGCACUUGCUGUGCAAAACUUAUGUGCUACGAUCGACGCGUGCGGACGAAAAGAAUACUCCAGAGAUAUGACGUUGCUGGACAAACUUGUUGAGAAACUGCCCUCAUCUUAUGCAAUCGAUUGGGUCCGACACGCCAGAAGAUUAAAGAAGAUAACUUUAACCAGCUUUAGCGAAUGGAUUUUCAUCAUCGCGCAAGACGCAUGCUGCGUCGCGAAGCCUCCUAGGAAAAACGAAAAACUAAGUACCGAGAGAGCGGGAACCGCACCUAAAGCUAGGGCUGCUAUGAAUCUGCAUACAGAAGUAGCUGACUCCGAGAAUGGUGAAUCAGAAAACUACAAGUGGGGAUCACGAAAUUGCCUUAUUUGCUUAAAGCAUGAUUGCCUUUCUAUCGAAAAAUGCUCGAAGUUUCAAAAAAUGUCGUACGGAGAACGAUGGACAGCAGUACAUACGUAUCGAUUGUGCAAGAAAUGUUUGAAACUUCACAGAGGUCGAUGCAAUUCUCCACUAUGCGGAAAACAAGGAUGUGAAUGUAAACAUCACCCACUCCUCCAUAAGGACCUGAACAUAGCUGCAGAGGAGCAAUCGUGUAAUAUGCACCACGCCUAUUCUGAGGCGACCCUAUUUAGAUACGUCCCAGUUACCCUGUACGGACAAAAUAAACAAAUCAAAUGCUAUGCAUUUUUGGACGAUGGCUCUCACCUAACACUCAUGGAUCAGGAUUUAUCAGAUGAGCUGAAUUUGAAAGGAGUACACCGUCCCCUCUGCUUAAAGUGGACCGGUGGCACAGAGAGGCACGAAUCUAACUCAUACUCAGUGAAUUUAGAUAUUUCUGGCUCCGAAGGAAAACGGUACCACCUGGACGACGUACGAACUGUUCAAGAGUUGCAAUUACCAUGUCAGACCCUCAACGUAGUUGAACUGGCGACAAAAUACAACCAUCUUCGUGGCCUACCGGUUCAGUCUUAUGAAAAUGUGCGUCCGCGAAUACUGAUUGGAGUUAAACAUGCGUACGUUACCCUAGUGCGUAAAAGCAGAGAAGGCAAACCUCAAGAACCGAUUUGCAUUAAAACGCGAUUGGGCUGGUCGGUUUACGGAGGAGGCACUGGCGGUAGUGAUGCUAGUAUGGUUCAUUACGUCUUACACGUGAGCGAAGGAGGAAAUAAGAACGACCUUGUUCUCGAACAAUCAGUUAAGAGUUACUUUGAUAUAGAAAGUAUAGGCAUUGUGAAAUUGAAUGAUGUGGUAAGGUCGAAAGACGAUGAACGCGCUUUAAAGCUUCUCCAUGACAUGACGCGAUUCGUCGGUGAUCGAUACGAGACGGGCCUUCUAUGGCGAUACCCGAAUCCGUGCCUACAGAACAAUAAGGAGAUGGCCCUGCAACGUUACCGUGGUUUAGAGAAGCGUUUAGAGAAGGAUCCUGCUCUAAGACGUGCAUUGAACGAAAAAAUGGAAUCUUAUCUUACCAAAGGAUACAUCCGCAAACUUGAAAACAAAGAAAUACACAACUUCCGAAAAUUGGUAUGGUAUCUGCCGACGUUUCCCGUCACUAAUCCCAACAAACCAGGUAAAGUGAGACUGGUAUGGGAUGCUGCCGCAACGUAUAAAGGGCAAUCGCUGAACUCCGCAUUACUAACCGGACCAGAUCAAUUAGUCUCCUUGUUUUCCGUGCUAUUGAAGUUUCGCGAAAAUCGAAUCGCCGUAUGUGGUGACAUCCGCGAAAUGUAUCACCAAGUGAAAAUUCGUGAGCAGGAUCAACAUUGCCAACGUUUCCUGUGGAAGGACAAAAAUGAUAACCUUAGCGAGUAUAUUAUGACGGUGAUGACAUUUGGCGCCUCUUGCUCUCCUAGCAGCGCACAAUUUGUGAAAAAUCUAAACGCUAAGAGACACGCCGAUUUGUACCCAGAAGCAGCCGAAAUUAUAAUAGACUGUACCUACGUGGAUGAUAUGCUAUUCAGCGUGGAUGAUGAGGAGAAGGCAACCGUCUUGGCAAAAACUGUCAAACUUAUCAACGGAAAAGGAGGUUUUGAAAUCCACAACUGGAUGUCCAAUUCAGCACAGGUACUUAUCGAGCUCAACGAAGAACCUACAGCGGGGAAAAACCUUGAUCUGAUGUCCACUCUAGCCACUGAAAAAGUCCUGGGCAUGUGGUGGGAAACAGCAUCUGACUCCUUUAUCUUUAAAAUCAAUUGGAACCGUUUGGAUGAGGCUUUGUUAAAAGGUUCACGUAUACCUACUAAGCGAGAAGUCUUAAGAACGCUAAUGUCAAUCUAUGACCCUUUAGGCCUCAUUUCUCACUACCUAAUGUUCUUAAAAAUUCUACUCCAAGAAAUCUGGAGGACGGAAGUGGCUUGGGACGAUGCUAUUGGUGAAAAAUUGAACGAGAAGUGGCUUCGAUUUGUGAGUCUUCUUCCUUCUUUAGAAAAUCUUCGAAUCCAACGCUGCCUUCAUAGUUUGAGCAAAAUAGUACCUGCUGUUGACGUGCAGUUACACACCUUUGUUGAUGCUAGCGAGGAAGGAAUGGCGGCCGUGGUAUACCUACGUUACCAGUGGGACGAUUCUGUUGAAUGUUCACUAGUGGGAUCGAAAACGCGUGUAGCCCCACUGAAAUAUUUGUCGAUUCCUCGUAAGGAGCUGCAAUCAGCGGUCAUAGGUGCGCGAUUCGCGAAGAUUAUCCUGGAAAAGCUGUCAACUAAAGUUACUCGUUGCGUCUUCUGGUCCGACUCUCGGAAUACAUUAUCGUGGAUUUCUUCAGAUCAUCGAAAAUAUAGUCAGUACGUCGCCGCACGAGUCAGCGAUAUUCUUGAGACCACAACAGCUUCUGCUUGGCGGUGGGUUCCGUCCAAAUGGAACGUGGCAGACGACGGGACUAAAUGGCAGCGCACUCCUGCGCUCUCGGCGAAUGACCGAUGGUUCUGCGGUCCUGAGUUCCUACGUAAAACCGAAAAUGAGUGGCCCGUAAUGCCUGAAAAGAAGUGGACAACCGAUGAAGAGCUUAAAUUUACUUGUAAUUUACAUUCAACACAGAAUAUUGCCAUUAUCGAAGUUAGUGAUUACUCUCGUUGGAUACGCUUGUUGAGAGUUACCGCAUACGUACUGCGCUACAUAAGUAACUUGCCCAAAGACAAGAAGAAACAAGGUGGAAUUCUUACCAGUAACGAGCUACGUGGUGCCGAAGAAUUUCUCAUUCGUCAAGUUCAAAGAGAAACCUAUUCUGAAGAAUAUACUAUUCUCAAAACAAAAAAAAUUAUUACUUCCAAAAAAAGCCCCCUUUAUAGGCUUUGUGCAUAUCUCGAUGACAGUGGAAUCCUCAGAAUGGAAGGAAGAACAGGUGCUUGCGAGUAUCUCGACGUGGAGACAGCCAAUCCAAUCCUUCUUCCGUGGAAACAUCAUGUUACAAAAUUACUUGUUUUAUUCUAUCACACUCGAUACCAUCACCAAAACAGUGAGUUGAUCAUCAGCGAAAUAAAACAAAAGUUCUACAUCACGAAUUUGAGAAGGCUAUACAAAGAUGUACGCAAAGAUUGUCAAUUGUGCAAGAUUCUUAACGCGCAGCCUUGUUCACCAAAAAUGGCUAGACUACCUGCUGGGCGAGUAGCAGCCUUCACGCGACCAUUCACUCACACCGGAGUGGAUUACUUCGGUCCAUUAGAGGUCGUCGUCGGUCGUAGAGUUGAGAAACGGUGGGGCGUAAUAUUUGUUUGUCAAACUACGAGAGCUAUCCAUCUAGAAAUUGCUCAUCAGUUAAAUACAAGCUCCUGUAUUAUGGCAAUUAGAACCUUUACAGCCAGAAGAGGAACGCCUGCUGUGUUUUAUAGUGAUAGAGGUACGAACUUCGUGGGAUCGGAUCGGGAGCUACGAGAGACUUUCAAAAGGAUUGACCAGAGUAAGAUUGCUGAAGAAUUCACUACUCCGAACACAUCGUGGACCUUCAACCCUCCAGCAGCUCCACACAUGGGUGGAAGUUGGGAAAGGCUCAUACGCUCAGUGAAAAGAAUUUUACCUCUCUUGCGCGUAUCUAAACGCCCAACCGACGAAGAGUUACGCAAUGCGUUUGCGGAAAUUGAGAACACGCUUAACGGAAGGCCGCUAACACAUGUACCUGUGGACUGCGAUUCUCGUACAGCACUUACCCCGAACCACUUUCUAGUGGGAAGCUCAAACGGAUCUAAACCCUUGACAGAUAUUAACAGCGACGGAAUAUCACUAAAGCGAGGGUGGCAAGUAUCGCAAGUCAUCGCCAAUCAGUUCUGGAAAAGAUGGAUACGCGACUACCUACCUGAAAUCACCAGACGUAGUAAAUGGUAUGCACCAGUUAAACCCAUCGAAGUCGACGAUAUAGUGUAUGUAGUUGAUCCAGACUUACCCAGAAAUUGCUGGCCCAAAGGACGAGUACUAAAAAUCGCUACUGACGUAGAUGGGCAAGUUCGACGAGUCUGGGUGAAAACAAGAACAUCUGUUUAUGAGAGACCUGCGGUUAAGAUUGCUGUGCUCGAUGUAGGUGGCAAGGAUAGUAAGCCGAAUCCUGAGAAGUUAUAA